AUGGCCGACGAAGCAAAGGAACUGAACCUUCUCAAAAACGUCGAGAACAGGAUCGUCUUUGCCCAAAAUGAUGCGGCUCUCCAGACGAUUUUGAAGACGUUUCUAUGUCCGAUGCUCCUGAAGCUUGAGUCACCCCAUGCGGCCGUGCGAGAGAAAACCAUCUCGAUAUGCCAGCAUAUUAACACUAGGAUCAAGCCAUCUGGCAUACAACUCCCCGUUGCCGCUUUGUUGGCCCAGUUCCAAGGCGCAAAUUCCGGUCUUCUUCUCAAGAAUUUCGAUCUGAUGUAUAUACAAAGGGGCCUGGAAAGAGUUCCAACCGAUGAAUUGAAACCACUAUUACCCGGGAUUUUGCAUGCAUUUGAUGAGAUAUCAGCGGGCCACUCCCGAACAAUGUUUCAAAUACUGCUUAAUACCCUCUCACAGCUACCCUCGCCUCCCGCAAGAGGUAGCCCCGCUGCUGCUGAAUACCGGCAACUGCUCGACCUUGGCAAUCAUGAAAAAGCAACCGUGUUCCUGUCCCAAAAGUUCGAAGAUCUUUUGUUGUUAAUAUUAACUCCGUUCCAAUCCACCGAAACGGGGCCCGGUCUAUCUUGCCCAGGCCUGUCUGCUGAACGAUUUGAAUUCCUCACAUUGGGGAAAAAGGAGACGUUUUCGCAUUCACGUUUAUCGAGCAUCAAGCAGAGAGUGUUGGAAUUCAUCGCUGUAGCAGGGUUCUCAGAUAGGGACCUUUAUUUCCCUUUUCUCGUCGCCGCUGGCUCUGACUCCGGGUCUCAGCUCAUAAAUCUUGGCGAAGAUGGUUUGAAAAGGCUGACUGUCGAUCUUGAUCAUCUGGAAAUUUCGGAUACAACGAAGCCAGAUGAGAAACUUAUGAAACCGAAUGAGACGGGAGUUUACAUUAUCCAGAAGCUCUAUAACCUUUACCUCGGUAUUCCUGAGACGAAUACCUCUGCUGCGAGAGCUAGCCUCAAAAGUAGAGUUCUCAACAUUCUAUCGAAAUCAAUACUUGCCUUGAAAGAAGAAGUCGUCUCUCCUACGAAAGUCCAGCGUCUGGUAGAGGAAGGGCUUUUAGGCGACAAUGCGGAGUACAAUUUCAAAUUUAGAUCCUCGGUGUUUGCCUUCUUAGUCCACGUUACUCGUUUGGGUGGCGAUAGCCUUAUCCAAACUGUUGGCUAUGUCAUUGUAGAGAAUAUUCGAACCUGGAUAUAUGCUGAUGGAUGGCCAAGAAGUACAUCGGUUAACACUAGUCAGCUUUCAAACCAUCUAAGAUCGCAAGGUUAUAUCACAAUCGGUCUCCUUGCUCGGAGGGUACCGGCUUUUAUUGUGGAGAAUGAUUUACAGAUUUUGAGAUUUCUUCUUUCUGCGGUCCGAGGCGAGACUAAAGAGAUGAGGUCUUCGGCAGAAGAAGCAAUCAGUUCGAUACUACCGUGCUUUUCCCUGAUGACUCGGACCCAACGGAAAGACGUCAAGGAACUCGCAUUCCAAAGUCUCCUGGAGGACGCUGAUACCUCAGGGUGGGGGUCGUAUCUCAAAAUCGCAAAUAGAGCCUCGUCCUUUGGAGAUCCUGUCAGGAUUUGGAUGUGUCUUCUAGCCUGUGCUACGAUAGGUGCUAGGAGCACUAAAGCUUCGCGAGAUCUUAUAGAUGAUGGGAGAAAAGCAUUGCAUCCCUACUGGUUCGGCAUUUUGCAUCCACGGGCCAAAUUGAAUAACGGAAGCAACCCUAAAGUCGAGACAACUUCCGACGACGGCAAGAUGGAUAUUGACCAAGAAACCCCGGAAGCCGAAGAAGCAAAAUUUCAACCUUUGCUUACCUUUCUUCUUUCGAAUGAUGCUCGACUUCCCAACGCUUUCGAGAACAGACUUACAACCGCUAGAUCAGUCUAUGGUGUCCCGAUUUUCGUGCUACCUGAGAUGGUUACGUUUCUUCGGAGUGUACUAUUGAUUAAUUGCCUAGAGUAUGGCGUAUCGACUGAACAACCUGAAGGCAAAGGCACGGAAGAUGCGCUUCUUGUUGAUGGAGAUUGGGAUGACAAGAUAAGCAGUGAAUUGGCUACUUCGGACCAAAUGCGGACUUUCGUUCGCCGAUAUAUUGAGAAUACUGGUGUGACCUCCAAUUAUUUCGAACUGCUUCUUCGAGCGCUCCUAGAUACAUCCGACGCUCCAACAUUUGGCAACAUUUUGAUGGAGUUCUUUCCUCUGCUUUCUUGGCAAAUUUUGGAACGUCUACUCAGAAUAUCUAGCCAAAAUCAAUGGGCUGAGCUUAACCGAAUGGUUUGGCAAGGGAAACGUGCAGAGAGAGAGUCAGCAUCCUACCUACUCGGCAUGUUCAAGGCACUAUCACCAAUUGAUCAUGAUGGAGUACAGACCAAAGAGUGGCUAGAUCUUCAUAUAUCCCGAAUCACAUCGUGGGAGUCCUGCCCGACGACAGAAUCAAAUCGAACGCAUGGAUCGAUUAUCGCCAUCUCGUAUUACUUUUCUCGGUUAAAUGUCGAGGCUCCUUAUAAGAGUACGGUGGCAUCUGCUAGUACUGGGGAGGUUUCAAAAGCAAUAUCAGCUUACAUAGACAUCACUAUCAACUCUCGAGAUACUGAGUUUCGCGACGCUGCUAUCGUAGCGUUGACGCAACUUUGUUAUUUCAAAGUUGUUCAACCAUCCCAAGUUGAGAAGGAUUCGGAACUCUUUGAAAAACUUAGAGCUCUUGGGAAAUCUGGGCAUGAAAAGGCAAUAAUUGCUCUCGGAGCAUUCAGUCUCGUAUACCCGGCUCCUCAUAAUCCUGACGGGCCAACAGAGGAAAAGGACAAAAUCACAAAGAUAAAAGAAAUCCUAACUAGUGUUCAUGACAAUAAAAUGCCUGAGCUCUCAUUCGCCACUGGUGAAGCAUUGUCCAUUUUGGCGGCUGGAUGGGACUCGCAAAUACUCGCAAGGAAAAUGGAUCUUGUUGAUGGAAAAGUUUCUGCAGCGGGCCUCGGAGAGAGAGAGGACGGUCAAAUACUGAGAAAUCUCGUUUCAGAGUUGCUUGAAAUGCGAAAAAAGGGCGGAAGUGCGAGCUUUCGGAAAGCAGCUUGUGUCUGGCUCCUCAGUAUGGUGCAGUACUGCGGACAUUUAGAUCAAGUUCGCGAACGGUUCGAGGAUAUCCAUACCGCCUUUAGGUUAUACUUAACAGAUCGAGAAGAAUUCGUUCAAGAGACCGCUUCUCGUGGUCUGACGAAAGUCUACGAACUCGGAGACAAAAGCCUAAAAGAAGAGCUUGUUAGGAAUCUCGUUUCCUCGUUCACUGGAACAACGAAAACACUAGCAGGCCAGGUGCAAGCAGAUACUCAAUUGUUUGAGCCCGGCGCGCUGCCAACUGGCGACGGAUCCGUCUCAACUUACAAAGAUAUAUUGUCUUUAGCGUCGGAAGUGGGAGACUCGAGUCUUGUCUACAAGUUCAUGUCAUUGGCAUCUCAUUCUGCUAUGUGGUCUAGCCGGGCAGCUUUUGGGCGAUUUGGCUUGGGAACUAUCAUGUCGAAUUCUGAAGAAAUGUUCGCAGAGAACCCAAAACUUUAUGCUAAGCUUUUUAGAUACCGGUUUGACCCCAAUCCAAACGUACAACGGUCAAUGAACGAUAUCUGGAAAGCCUUGGUCAAAAACCCAAGCGCUACAAUUGACAAGUAUUUCGAUAAUAUUAUGGAGGACCUUCUGAAGACGAUCAUUGAUAGAGAGUGGAGAACAAGAGAAGCAAGCUGUGGGGCAAUUGCUGAUUUAAUUCAAGGCCGGCAACCCUCUCAAUACGAAAAACAUAUCCAAAACAUCUGGACUAUGAGUUUUAAAGUCCUUGACGACAUCAAAGCUUCGGUUCGGGAAGCGGCAAUGAAACUGUGCCGAACUUUAACCAAGUCUCUCAUCCACACGGUUUCUGAUGAGCACAAUACAUCUCCAAAGGAUGCCAAAAAGGCGCUGGAUAAUAUUAUGCCCUUCUUGAUGGGACCUAACGGCCUCGAGAACCAGGCAGAGGAUGCCCAAAUGUUGGCAUUGAAAACCCUUCUUGACUUAGUCAAAAAAUGUGGGCGUGUUUUACGGCCAUAUGUGCCAGAUAUGAUUGAUCAAUUCUUGAAUCUACUCAGCUCCUUAGAACCACAAGCAAUUAAUUAUCUACACCUCAAUGCUGCGAAGUACAACCUGACAGAAGACAAGAUCGAUGCCGCCAGAUUAUCUAGCGUUCGCACAUCGCCUAUGAUGGACGCUAUCGAAAGUUGUUUGGACAUCGCGGACGCAGAUGUCAUGAAGGUGUUUAUCCCAAGGUUGAACAAAGCUAUUAAGAAAGUCGUCGGGAUGCCAUCGAAAGUCGGCUGUAGUAGAGUCGUCGUCACUUUGGUAAUUCGCCAUAGCUUUCUCUUUAGGCCUUACGCAAAUGAUACCCUAAAGGUGAUGUCCGCCGCCCUUGUGGAUAGGAAUGAAACAGUAUCGGCAUCGUAUGCUGCUGCUUGUGGUUAUCUUGCAAGACUUGCUAGCGAUGAAGCCGUCAUCAAACUUUUGCAAUAUGCCCAGAAGCUUUAUUUUGAGCAACAAGAGGAGCGAAUGCGGGUAUUAUCUGCGUCGGUGUUGAAUGCUAUUUCAAAACAUGCCUCGGAUCGAUUUCAGGCUCUUGCUUCAGAUAUUCUCCCAUUUGCAUUUAUUGCAAAACAUGAUCCGGAAGAAUCUGUUGCGGAAGAAUAUUCAAAAUGUUGGUCCGACAAUACGGGGGGCUCUGGGGCGGUAAAACUCUAUCUGCCUGAGAUCGCGGCUCUCGCUGGUGCCCAUCUUGAUUCAGCGAGAUGGACGAUUAAACAGACUGCAGCAUUGUCAAUCGCAGAUAUAUGCGUUGUACUAGGCCCAGAUCUCACCCAAGAACAACUCGAUGUUGUGUAUCCCCUUGCAGUCCGUAGUGUUGCAGGGAAGAGCUAUCCGUCGAAGUACAGGGUCCUUGAAGGAUUUGCAGCCCUUUGCACCUCGCCGAAGUUUACGGAGACCCAGAAACUCAAAGAAGUUUCGAAGAUUUUUCUUCGGGAGGCUAAUCGAAAUAAUAAAGAUUACCGCCCGCACGCAUUUGACAGCUUGGCAAAGUUUUUGAGGGUUCAAAGUGAGACAAAUCUGUACGACGAAGUAGUGGACAUCGUAGGAAACGUGUUUGAAGCCGGUGCAAUUACCGACGAGGAUGAAAUGGACACAGACACCCAUGGUAAAUCAUCAGAGAGGCUGUGGCAAAUUACGCUAGCAAGUAGUCUUCAGCUUUUAGCUUCGAGCAUGCACAAAAGAUACCCAGAUUCAGCCUCACAAGUGGAGACCCUCCUUGCGUUGGUCGAAAAACAAUUACUGCCUAGUUGUAGCCGGGAUGUGAAAACAGCAGCAAUCGAGCUUGUCGAACGGAUUUUAAGUCGUCUGCAAGAUAACGGGCCAUCAACUGCCGUCUCGCCUGUGGACCCGAAGACAUGGAACAAGUCUCUCGUGCAGCUUUGGACUAACCUCAACCUGGUCUCAAAGGGGGCAAGUUCGGAGAAUGAAAAAAUUCGAAAGGAACUAAAAGCCGCCACAGAAAAACUGUGCAUAUGGAUGGGAAGGUUGCAAGUCGAUGGGGAUAGCAUCUCGGAAUUGGUGCAAGCCCGGGAUCAGGUUAACCAAUUCCUUGGGCAGUCAUAA